UUGGUCAGAUGGGUCGGGGGGGCGUAGUGCGAAAGUUCGUUGAUCGCACCUUCUGUGGCUGUGUAUCUGCGUGACAAUGAUAAACGCUUGGAGCGACAGUAGACACCGAGAAAGUUUCAGUCACGGUUAGCUCGUUUGUGAGGCUAGCUUUUGCAUCCACAGUUGGGACGUCCCGUUGGCGUCAGCUGCCUGCGAGCAUGGAGCGAGUCGUGGAACAAAAUGAUUCUUCCCUCCAAAAGGACGCUGCGACUAUACAAACACGAGACAAGCCCAGUGCCAGUUUCGCGUCUAUAGACGUUGACAUGGAGUCUGACGUCGACAUCAGACCCUUUGUCACAUUCCGCGAGAAAUUGUCAGCCCUGUUGCAUUCUACCAAGUUUCAGAUUGCCAUCGUGGCUUUGGUUGUUCUCGACUGCCUUCUAGUCAUCACUGAACUGCUUGUCGAGUUGGAGAUCCUGAAGCUGCAUGAACACAGCUACAUCGCACCAAAGAUCAUCCAUUCGCUGAGCAUUGUCAUCCUGAGCUUGUUUUUGGUGGAAAUCGCCGCCAAGUUGUACGCUUAUCGUCUGAGCUUCUUCCAACACAAGAUGGAGGUGUUUGACGCGGGGAUCGUCAUCGUCUCCUUCGCCCUGGAUGUAGCAUUUAGGGACCCAGAGUCGGCUGCAAAUGGUGCCGGCCUCAUCAUUGUUCUACGGCUCUGGCGAGUUGCACGCCUCCUAAACGGCAUAGUGCUCACGGUAAAGACUCAAGCGGAACGUCAGUUGAUGCGGGAAUGCAAGCUGCGUGAGAAGCUGAUGCAGGACCUGCUCAGAAACCGCGACUACUGCAACGCCCUGGAGCAAGAGAUAUCUUCCCUCAGGGAACUGUUGCAAAGCCACGGCAUCACCGAGCUUCCGCCGACAGUGGUCGUUCAAGAGUCACCCACGAACAUAGAAGAGAACCAAGCGUCCGAUGUACAGGACUGAAAUUCCCGCAACAUUGCCGCACGCAACUCAGCACUUCCUACGAGGAAACUGAGUUCGUGUGCUCGGAUGUGCUCGAGUCGCACUACAGGAGAAGCAAUGUAUGUUUGUAUGUCUUGUCGCGAUUGUUAUGAGAAAUGUCAGGACUGCGUUACUAGCAGGACUUCUUUGUCAAAUUUGUGCAGCACCUGAACACACUGUACUCUUUGCCAGUGCUUUAGGGCUUAUCGGAGAGAACAGUGCAAAUGAACAUACUUGUAUCCUGCACCUGAGUGCGUUAAACUUUAACUUUGGGAAAAACCUGAAUGCAUAUAAGCAGUGUUGCACUUGAGCAUAACCAGUGUGUUCCUUUUGCAUUAUUCUGACACACGUACAGGUCAGUGAGAUUGGUAACACUGUGGUACUGUGAAUAGACGAGGUUACUAUACUUAACAGCAGUGUAACACGAGGUUUGUGUAUCCCUCGAUUGUACAAGCUGCACACUAGAGAAAAUGCUCGAGGGGAAGGAUGCGUAGAAUGACUUGGUUAUAUGUAAAAUGUUGCUUCGUGCAUGUAGUCCUAGCGUAGUAAGUGUUGAUGCUUCGCUUUGUAAGCUUUUAUUUAAUUCGCUGUCAGUAGCUAAACUUACCACUUGAGUGACAUGUCGCAAGUGGUCAGUCUGUAAUAGAAAUGGGGUGAAGUGAGAACUGUUCACAGUGCCAAACCACACGAUGAGAAAGCUUACAAGUUCUCACUUUUCUUUUUUCAAAUGAGCUUGAGCACAGACCACAAUGGUAUCUCAACUACAAUGCGACAUCUCCACGAGAGGGCAACUUUCUGAGCCCAGUGAAACAUGUCACAAGUAGCCUGUUCAUGUAGCAGCAAUUUUGCGGCGAGAAAAUUAUGUCUUUGAAUUUUCUUCUGCGUCCGUGACAUUACUUGAUGUUUUCUGCAUAGUCAGCUGCCAAGAGCUGCUCCCAGUACUGUUGUUUUUGAUUACCUCUGAAUCGUUUAAGGGUGUAGAAAAAAAAGACAUGUGGUGUUUAAAGCAUAGAAAGACCUCGUGUGAAACUUCGUGGACAAGCUCCCAAUCACGUCUCAAUGAAUAUGUUGCACAAUUGGGCAUGCCUUUGGUUCAAUCGAUGUUGUCUAGACCUCAGCUCCCAUUGUUGUGGGUGGGAAUGAAUCUGUAUCUUUCCUAGCCGAACGCAGACCGUGGCAAUGCUCACAGAACACUUUCUCGGGAAGCAGUAGCGUUGGCUUUGUACUUUUGUACUGCCAUUAUGAACAGUUAUACAGAUUUUUUUUUUUUUUUUUUUGUAAAUGUUCAGUGCAUGAUGUUUUGUCUCUUCCUAGCUAUAAAAACAUCCUUGGAGUAAAUUUUGGGUGUUUAUGUGGCAGCUUUUCGUUGGUGAUGUGCUUAUGUACAAGAAUACGCAACUGGUCGCAAACAAAGGCUUUUUUAUGACUUACCUCUUUUAUCGAAGUCAAUAAUUGUGCGAUGUAUACAAUUAUUGUCCAGCCCAACCACAUUUCUCAUAAGAGUGUUUUGGCUGCAAGAACUUGUAGUGAUAAAUACGGUAUACUAUAUAUUUUUUACUGUUGUUACCUACUUUCGAAAUGUACUCAUGUGUAUAAGUGUUGUGCCUUAUAUACUUGACACACAGGAAUGAACUUAUGCAAUACUCGGCUGAAAGUUGUGAUUGUACGUUUAUCGCUGUAUUUACUUGUGAAUAUUCUUCAUGUCUUUAUUGUAUUCCAUUCCAGCAUAAUAUACAUGUUGUUUUGAAAGAG